GAAGAAAAUGGUUCCAAGAUUGGAUUUUUCUUCCUGGUGGACGAAGGAAACCCAGAAAGGAACGCCUGUGGUAGUGAAAAUGGAGAAUCCCAGUUUCUCUGUGGUAGAUAUUAAUGGUGCUGACCCGGCGUUUCAACCAAUAGAGAAAAGCAGAGGCAAGAAUGCCAGGCAAGUGACUUGGGUUUUGCUUCUCAAGGCUCGUCGUGCUGUAGGUUGUGUCACAUGGCUCGUUCAUGUUCUGAGGGCAUUCACUGGUGGUAUUAAGAAGAGGGUGAUUCACAGGCAAGGAGUGGAUGUGGAGAGUGAUAAGCUGGUCAAGGGGAGGUUACUAUUUAGGAUCAUUAGGGUGUUCUUAGUGGCAUCCUUGGUGAUUCUGGCUUUUGAGGUUCUUGCUUACUUCCAAGGAUGGCAUUUUCGAAAUCCCAGAUUGCACAUUCCUCGGACCUCGGAUUUGGAAGGGUUGCUCCAUGUGGUUUAUGUUGCGUGGUUAACAUUUCGUGCUGAGUACAUUGCUCCCCCCUUACAGGCACUUUCAAGGUUUUGUGUUGUUCUAUUUCUUAUCCAAUCCGUGGAUCGUAUGCUGCUUUGCUUGGGCUGCUUUUGGAUUAGAUACAAGAAGAUAAAGCCAAGGAUUGAUGAGGAUGCUUUCAGAAUUGAUGAUACUGAAGGAUCUACAUGUGAUUAUCCCAUGGUUCUUGUCCAAAUUCCUAUGUGUAACGAAAGGGAGGUGUAUGAACAGUCUAUUUCUGCAGUCUGCCAAAUUAAUUGGCCAAGGGACAGCCUACUGAUUCAAGUUCUUGAUGAUUCUGAUGAUGAGAGCAUACAGUGGUUAAUCAAGGAUGAGGUCGCUAAGUGGAGCCAAAAAGGAAUCAACAUAAUCUAUAGGCAUCGCUUAGUGAGGAAAGGUUAUAAAGCUGGCAAUCUCAAGUCUGCAAUGAGCUGUGACUAUGUGAAGGAUUAUGAAUUUGUUGCAAUUUUUGAUGCGGAUUUCCAACCAAAUCCUGAUUUUCUCAAACAAACUCUGCCAUAUUUCAAGAACAAUCCCGAACUAGGUUUGGUCCAAGCUAGAUGGGCUUUUGUGAACAAGGACGAGAACUUGUUGACUCGGCUGCAGAAUAUUAACUUAUCCUUCCAUUUUGAGGUGGAGCAGCAAGUCAAUGGGAUAUUUCUUAACUUUUUUGGUUUCAAUGGAACUGCUGGUGUUUGGAGAAUCAAAGCUCUAGAGGAGUCUGGAGGCUGGCUUGAGAGGACCACGGUAGAAGAUAUGGACAUUGCUGUACGAGCUCAUCUCAAUGGUUGGAAAUUCAUCUUCCUGAAUGAUGUCAAGGUACUUUGUGAAGUUCCUGAGUCCUAUGAAGCUUAUAGGAAGCAGCAACACCGCUGGCAUUCUGGCCCUAUGCAACUUUUUAGGUUGUGUCUGCCAGCAAUUUUUAGAGCUAAGGUAUCAGCAUGGAAAAAAGCGAACUUAAUACUAUUAUUCUUCCUGCUGAGGAAACUCAUUCUUCCUUUUUACUCCUUCAUCUUAUUUUGCAUAAUUCUCCCUCUAACCAUGUUUGUCCCAGAGGCAGAACUUCCUCUUUGGGUGAUCUGCUAUGUGCCUGUAUUUAUGUCUUUCCUCAACAUUCUUCCAGCCCCAAAAUCUUUCCCUUUCAUUGUCCCCUAUCUCCUUUUCGAAAACACCAUGUCUGUCACUAAAUUCAAUGCAAUGGUAUCUGGACUCUUCCAACUGGGUAGCUCUUAUGAAUGGAUUGUCACCAAGAAGGCUGGGAGGUCAUCUGAGUCUGAUCUACUGGCUGCUGCUGAUACUGAAGCGAAAUUGAUGCAACAAAUAACAAGCUGUAAAAGCUCUUCUGAGUGUGAACUCGGCGAAUCAAACCAAAUUAAGGAUCAAAAAGAUGCAGCAGUGCCUGUUAAGAAAGCUAACAAGAUAUAUGUAAAAGAGCUGACUUUGGCAUUCCUUCUUCUCACAGCUUCAGCUAGGAGUCUUUUAUCUGCACAAGGAGUUCAUUUUUACUUUUUACUCUUUCAAGGGGUUACCUUCCUCCUUGUGGGCCUUGAUCUAAUUGGAGAGCAAAUGAGCUAAGUUUUGAUUUAUUACACAUACCUCCUUAUACAGAGCCAUAUUGCAUUCUAGAAGCAGGACACUGCAUGCAGUGGAUGAGAUUAUACUUUUCGUCUUCUCAUGUUUGUGGUAAAUUAUUACCGUCCUUCUGGACGAAAGAACACAGCAAAUACUCUUAUUUGCACAAUUCAUCCCCAGAAUUGUAGGGCAUUGGUCAUUAGGCUCUUUCAUGGGUAUUGAAUUCUUCUUGUUGCUGGGAGCUGCAAAAUUUGAUGGUCCCUUCCUUGUUCUUUAGUCAAUAUCUGUUCUUGAAAUUCAGGUAAUCUGUUAUUACCAUUCCAGAGACAAGUGGAGUGGAAGCCCGAUGUUACUUGAUACUUCUUUUGAAAUAUAUUGCCUUCCAUUUUUUCAAUGAUGAAUGGGACAGGUCAAACAUCCUUCUGUAAAUGAAUUCUGUUUAUCUAAUAUAAAUUUCAUUUGCUUGGUCC